UCGGCGGUCUCAAAGGUUCUUCUGUGGCGGAGCUACUGCCUGACUCGGGUCGAGCCAGGUAAACCCUGCUUUGACCCGGUUCCUGGUUCUUCUGGAGCAGGCAGAACCGGACCGUCUCCCAAGUUCUGCUGCAGAGUUUCCUGCUGGUAUCAGCAGAAGCUCUGCCGGAGGGAAGGCCUCAGCGGUCCACCUGAGCAGCCACGCUGGUUCUGAGUGAUCCGGUCUGGGGGCCUAGGAUGGUCCUACACCCCCGGAGCAGCAGAAGUGUCUGUGAUGGAGGGCGCGGCCCACAUGACCUUCAACCCGCUGGACGGCCGAUUCAAGCAGCUGCAAGAUGAGCGGGAGGCGGUGCAGAAGAAGACCUUCACCAAGUGGGUGAACUCCCACCUGUCCAGAGUGUCCUGCAGGAUCACAGACCUCUACCUGGACCUGAGAGACGGACGGAUGCUCAUCAAGCUGCUGGAGGUUCUGUCCGGAGAGAGGCUGCCGAAGCCCACCAAAGGCCGGAUGCGCAUCCACUGCCUGGAGAACGUGGACAAGGCGCUGCAGUUCCUGAAGGAGCAGCGGGUCCACCUGGAGAACAUGGGCUCCCACGACAUCGUAGACGGGAACCACCGGCUGACGCUGGGCCUCAUCUGGACCAUCAUCCUGCGCUUCCAGAUCCAGGACAUCAGCGUGGAGACGGAAGACAACAAGGAGCGGCGUUCCGCCAAAGACGCUCUGCUUCUGUGGUGUCAGAUGAAGACGGCGGGGUACCCCAAUGUCAACAUCCAGAACUUCACCACCAGCUGGAGAGACGGCAUGGCCUUCAACGCUCUCAUCCACAAACACAGACCGGACCUGAUCGACUUCGACAAACUGAAGAAGUCCAACGCUCACUACAACCUGCAGAACGCCUUCAACCUGGCAGAGCAGCACCUGGGCCUGACCAGGCUGCUGGACCCAGAAGACAUCAGCGUGGACCAUCCCGAUGAGAAAUCCGUCAUCACCUACGUGGUGACGUACUACCACUACUUCUCCAAGAUGAAGGCGCUGAAGGUGGAGGGCAAACGCAUCGGGAAGGUGUUGGACAACGCCAUCGAGACGGAGAAUUUGAUCGAGAAGUACGAGUCUCUGGCCUCGGCUCUGCUGGAGUGGAUCGAGCAGACUAUCAUCAUCCUCAACAACAGGAAGUUCGCCAACUCCCUGGUGGGAGUCCAACAGCAGCUGCAGGCCUUCAACACCUACCGCACGGUGGAGAAGCCCCCCAAGUUCACCGAGAAGGGAAACCUGGAGGUCCUCCUCUUCACCAUCCAGAGCAAGAUGAGAGCCAACAACCAGAAGGUGUACAUGCCUCGAGAGGGAAAGCUCAUUUCGGACAUCAACAAGGCAUGGGAGCGUCUGGAGAAAGCGGAACAUGAACGAGAGUUGGCUUUAAGGAUGGAGCUGAUUCGUCAGGAGAAGCUAGAGCAACUGGCCAGACGCUUCGACCGCAAGGCGGCGAUGAGGGAGACCUGGCUGAGCGAGAACCAGAGGCUGGUGUCCCAGGACAACUUUGGUUUGGAUCUUCAGGCCGUUGAAGCAGCCACCAAAAAGCACGAGGCCAUCGAGACUGACAUCGCGGCAUACGAGGAGCGCGUGCAGGCCGUGGUCGCUGUGUCCAAGGAGCUGGAGCUGGAGUGCUACCAUGACAUCAAGCGCAUAGCAGCUCGGAAGGACAACGUGCUCCGGCUGUGGGAGUACCUUCUGGAGCUGCUGAAGGCCCGCAGACAGAGGCUGGAGAUGAACCUGGGCCUGCAGAGAGUCUUCCAGGAGAUGCUCUACAUCAUGGACUGGAUGGACGAAAUGAAGAUGUUGCUUCUGUCCCAGGAUUAUGGGAAACACCUGUUGGGCGUGGAGGACCUCCUGCAGAAACACGCCCUGGUGGAGGCGGACAUCGCUAUCCAGGCCGACAGAGUGAGGGCCGUCUCCUGCAACGCCAACAAGUACUCUGUCACGGACGGCGGCUACAAACCCUGUGACCCACGGGUCAUCCAGGACCGGGUGGCCCACCUGGAGUUCUGCUACCAGGAGCUGACACAGCUGGCCGCUGAGCGCCGCGCCCGCCUGGAGGACUCGCGUCGACUCUGGAAGUUCUUCUGGGAAAUGGCCGAAGAGGAGGGCUGGAUCCGCGAGAAGGAGCAGAUCCUGUCCUCACUGGAGCAGGGCAGGGACCUGACGGGGGCGGUGCGCCUUCUGAGCCAGCAGCGCGCCCUAGAGGAUGAAAUGAGCGGGCGCGCCGGCCAUCUGCAGCACACCAUCACUGAGGGCCGGGCCAUGGUGCAGGUCGGGCAUAAUGGCUCGGAUAAGAUCCUGGAAAGGAUCGGCGACCUGCAGGCACAGUGGGCGGAGCUAGAGCAGCACGCCGCCGUGACCCGCAGGAGGCUGGAGGAAGCUCUGGCCUUGCACCAGUUCCAGGCCGACGCAGACGACGUGGACGCAUGGACGCUGGACGCACUCCGCAUCGUUUCUAGCGGGGAGACGGGCCACAACGAAUUCUCCACCCAGGCUCUGGUCCGGAAACACAAGGAUGCUGCCGCAGAAGUAGCCAGCUAUCGGCCGGUGAUCGACUCCCUGCAUGAGCAGGCCGCCACGCUGCCAAAGGAAGAGGCGGAGUCAGUUCGUGGCCGACUGGCUGGAAUCGAGGAGCGCUACAAGGAGGUGGCAGAGCUGACGAAGCUGAGGAAGGAGGCUCUGCAGGACGCUUUGGCCCGCCACAAAAUGUUCAGCGAGGCCAACGCCUGCCAGGUGUGGAUCGAGGAGAAGGAGCAGUGGCUGAACGCCACGGAAAUCCCGGAAAAGCUGGAGGACCUGGAGGUCGUACAGCACCGGUUUGACAGUCUGGAGCCGGAGAUGAACAACCAGGCGUCCCGCGUGGCUGUGGUGAACCAGAUCGGCCGGCAGCUGAUGCACGCCGGUUCUCCAAGUGACGACAUCAAGGCCCAGCAGGACAAGCUCAACAAUAGGUGGGGUCUGUUCCGUGAUCUGCUGGACCUGAAGAAAGAGUCCCUGAACUCUGCUCUGGGCGUCCAGAACUACCACCUCGACUGCAACGAGACCAAGUCUUGGAUCAAAGAGAAGACCAAGGUGAUUGAGUCCACUCAGGAACUGGGCAAUGACCUGAUGGGCGUCUUGGCUCUGCAGCGCAAACUGACCGGCAUGGAGCGAGACCUGGUCGCCAUUGAAGACAAGCUGGGUGACCUUCGAGGCGAGGCCCAAAGGCUGGCGGAGGAGCACCCGGAUCAGGCCAAGGCCAUCACCGGCCGGCUGGCCGAAAUCACAGCUGUGUGGGAGGAGAUGAAAAACACGCUGAAGCGCCGGGAGGAGUCUCUGGGGGAAGCCCGCAAACUGCAGCAGUUCCUGCGAGAUCUGGACGACUUUCAGUCCUGGCUGUCUCGUACUCAGACCGCCGUGGCGUCUGAAGACAUGCCCAACACGCUGGCCGAGGCCGAGAAACUGAUGGCUCAGCACGACGGCAUCAAGAACGAGAUCCUAAACUAUGAGGAGGACUACCAGAAGAUGCGGGACAUGGGGGACAUGGUGACGCGUGGCCAGACGGACGCACAGUACAUGUUCCUGCAACAGCGGCUGCAGGCGCUCGACACCGGCUGGAACGAGCUGCACAAGAUGUGGGAGAACAGGCAGAAUCUGCUGUCUCAGUCGCAUGCUUACCAGCUGUUCCUGAGGGACACCAAGCAGGCCGAGGCCUUCCUCAACAACCAGGAGUACGUUCUGGCCCACGCAGAAAUGCCCCCCACUCUGGAGGGGGCCGAGGCUGCCAUCAAGAAACAGGAAGACUUCAUGACCACCAUGGACGCCAACGAAGACAAGAUCAACGGCGUGAUGGAAGCAGGGCGGCGGCUGGCCAGCGACGGAAACAUCAACGCGGAGAAGAUCAAGGAGAAGGUGGCGUCCAUCGAUGACAGGCACAAGAAAAACAGGGAGGCUGCUGUGGAGCUGCUGAUGAGACUGAAGGACAACCGGGACCUGCAGAAGUUCCUCCAGGAAUGUCAGGAGUUAUCUCUGUGGAUCAGCGAGAAGAUGCUGACGGCUCAGGACAUGACCUACGACGAGGCCAGGAACCUGCACAGCAAGUGGCUGAAGCACCAGGCCUUCAUGGCGGAGCUGCAGUCCAACAAGGAGUGGCUGAACAAGAUCGAGAAGGACGGGACUUUGUUGGUGUCGGAGAAGCCGGAAACGGAGGUGGUGGUGAAGGAGAAGCUCACGGCGCUCCACUCCAUGUGGGAGGAGCUGGAGUCCACCACGCAGACCAAAGCUCAGUGUCUGUUUGACGCCAACAAGACGGAGCUGUUCACACAGAGCUGCACGGACCUGGACAAGUGGUUGGGGGGCCUGGAGGGUCAGAUCCAGUCUGAGGACUAUGGGAAAGACCUGACCUCCGUCAACAUUUUGCUGAAAAAGCAGCAGAUGCUGGAGAACCAGGUGGAGGUGCGUCAGAGGGAGGUGGUGGAGCUCCAGAGCCAGGUGAAGGCUCUGGGUCAGGAGGCCAAGGACACCGAUGAGGUGGACGGGCGGCGGCAGGGGGUGGAGAAGAAGUUCCAGGAGCUGCUGGAGCCGCUGAGGCACCGCCGCAACUUGCUGGUGGCGUCCAGGGAAGGUCAUCAGUUCAACCGGGACGUUGAAGACGAGAUCCUGUGGGCUCAAGAGCGGAUGCCCGUGGCCACAUCCACCGACCACGGACACAACCUGCAGACGGUGCAGCUGCUCAUGAAGAAGAACCAGACGCUGGAGAAGGAGCUUCAAGGCCAUCAGCCUCGCAUCGACGACAUCCUGGAGCGCAGCCAGAGCCUGCUCCGGGACCAGACCUCCGGCACCGAGGGGAUCCACCGGCGCCUGGCCGAGCUGCAGGAGCUGUGGGACCGGCUGAGGGAGGAGGGGCGGCGGCGCCACGCCCGGCUCCAGGAGGCCCACAAAGCCCAGCAGUACUACUUUGAUGCAGCCGAGGCCGAAGCCUGGAUGAGCGAGCAGGAGCUCUACAUGAUGUCUGAGGAGAAGGCCAAGGAUGAGCAGAGCGCCAUCACCAUGCUAAAGAAGCACCAGAUCAUGGAGCAGGCGGUGGAGGACUACGCCGAGGUCGUCCACCAGCUGUCCAAGACCAGCAGAGGCCUGGUGGCUAAUGAACACCCUGAGAGCGAGCGGAUCGGCAUGCGGCAGUCCCAGGUUGACAAGCUGUAUGCCGGCCUGAAGGACCUGUCAGAAGAAAGGCGGGGCAAACUGGAGGAAAGGCUCCGCCUCUUCCAGCUGAACCGAGAGGUAGACGAUCUGGAGCAGUGGAUAGCGGAGCGGGAGGUGGUGGCCGGGUCACACGAGCUGGGACAGGACUACGAGCACGUCACGAUGUUGCAGGAGCGGUUCCGAGAGUUUGCGCGGGACACGGGGAACAUUGGGCAGGAGCGCGUGGACGGCGUCAACCACCUGGCAGAUGAGCUGAUCAACGCCGGACACGGGGACGCCGCCACGGUGGCGGAGUGGAAGGACGGGCUGAACGAGGCCUGGGCCGACCUGCUGGAGCUCAUCGAUACCCGAACGCAGAUUCUGGCUGCCUCCUUUGAGCUGCACAAGUUUUACCACGACGGAAAGGAGAUCCUGGCGCGCAUCGCAGACAAGCAGAAGAAACUGCCGGAGGAAAUGGGCCGCGACCAGAACACGGUGGAGACGCUGCAGAGGAUGCACACCAGCUUUGAGCGGGACGUCCAGGCGCUCGGAGCUCAGGUGAGGCAGCUGCAGGAAGACGCCGUCCGCCUGCAGUCUUCGUACGCCGGAGACAAGGCAGACGACAUCCAGCGUAAAGACGGCGAGGUCCUGGAGGCCUGGAGGAUCCUGCUGGAGGCCUGCGACUCCCGCAGGUCCCGCCUACUGGACACGGGGGAAAGGUUCCGCUUCUUCAGCAUGGUGCGCGACCUGCUGCUCUGGAUGGACGACGUGAUCCGGCUCAUCGAAGCCCAGGAGAAUCCCAGAGACGUGUCGUCUGUGGAGCUGCUGAUGAACAACCAUCAGGGCAUCAAAGCCGAGAUCGACGCGCGCAACGACAGCUUCUCCACCUGCGUGGAGCUGGGCAAGGCGCUGCUCGCACGCAAGCACUACGCCGCCGCUGAGAUCAAAGAAAAGCUGCUCCAGCUGACAGACAAACGGAAGGAGAUGAUUGACAAGUGGGAGGAUCGGUGGGAGUGGCUUCGCCUCAUCCUGGAGGUGCAUCAGUUCUCCAGGGACGCCGGCGUGGCGGAGGCGUGGCUCCUGGGCCAGGAGCCGUACCUGUCCAGCAGGGAGGUGGGCCAAAGCGUGGACGAGGUGGAGAAGCUCAUCAAGCGCCACGAAGCCUUUGAGAAGUCCGCGGCCACCUGGGAGGAACGCUUCUCUGCGCUGGAGAGACUGACCACUCUGGAACUGCUGGAAGUCCGGAGGCAGCAGGAGGAGAUGGAGCGCAGGAGGAGACCGCCCUCACCUGAGCAGCUCCACCAGGAGGAGGUGCAGCAGGAGAAGAGUGUUGUGAUGCAGAAUGGACUCCCCUCAGACGAAGAUUCUCCGUGGACCGGGCUGGAAGGUGGGGGCCUCGUGAACGGCCUCGUGGAGCGCAGCUCCAUGGAGCCAAGCCCCGCCCCCUCGCCGACGAUGACCAAGAAGAAUAAACACAGCCAGUCAUCCACGCUGCCCCUCAAGAGCCAGGACUCCCCCGUGCAGAUGGAGGGCCUCCUGCACCGCAAGCACGAGUGGGAGGGACACAACAAGAAGGCCUCCAACAGGUCGUGGCACAACGUUUACUGCGUCGUCUGCCACCAGGAGAUGAGUUUCUUCAAGGACAGCAAGGCGGCGGCGCAGGGGGCGGCGUACCACAACCAGCCCCCCGUCAGCCUGAAGGACGCCACCUGCGACGUCGCCUCUGACUACAAGAAGAAGAAAUACGUCUUCAAGCUUAGAGUCGCAGAUGGAAACGAGUACCUGUUCCAAGCCAAAGACGAGGAGGAAAUGAGCUCCUGGAUCCAGGUCAUCCUGAACGCCGCCGCGUCUGAACUCACCGACACGCAGAGCAGCUUCCCCGGCACGCCGGUGUCUGGGCGCGCUCAGACGCUGCCGGCCACCAUCACGCUGACCACCGAGUCGAGCCCCGGCAAGAAGGAGAAGCGCUUCAGCCUCUUCAGCAAGAAGAAGCAGUGACGCCGACCAGGCGGAGCCCAGGAAGCUGGGGGCGGAGCUCCGUGUCAGAGCUCCGCCCUCAGCAGAGUAUGUGCUCACUAAUCUACAGUUAGCAUCACCUCGUCAGAGUUUGCAGCCACACCCCUCUUCUGCCACAUCCUGCUUUUCCCAGAAUCCACCUGGAACAGGGCUUCCCGAGCCGCGGGCCCCGACAGGUGGACGCCAUCUUUCAGCAAAUCAUUUUAUUUCUUUGUUUGAUGUGGAGGGCGUGGCUUAGUGAUGUCACAGCUCUGCCAUCAUGGUUUCUGACGUUUUGAGUUGCUGUGGUUUUGUAUUUUUGUACUUUAGUCUGUUCGGUGAAGCCGACUCAAACUGGACCAACGCUCGCUCCUCCCACUUUCUCUGCACUGCCUCGGUUGCUCGGCGCCCGUGAGGAGGCGUUCACUGUCCACGCGUACUUUUGCAUGUACCCGCUUGGCUCCAGCUCCCCGCCGUGCUCUUGUAUCCGCUGAAGUUAGCGCCGCGCUGCCCGUCAGAGGUGCGUCUGUAGGAGGGAGGAGCAGCUCUGAGUAUUUAGAGGCUUUUCUCAUGUCUGAGCUCACCUGUAGAGGCUCCUGUGAUGUCAUUAAAGCUUUGAAAAGCCCCG